GCAGGCGCCGCUGCUGCUGCUGUCGUCAACCUGCAGCAUCAGAAAACAACAGGCUAAAAACAGACUGGCGUAUCCCGGUGAAGAUGGUGGCCAAACAGAGGAUCCGCAUGGCCAACGAGAAGCACAGCAAGAACAUCACUCAAAGAGGAAAUGUAGCCAAGACGCUGAGGCCACAAGAAGAGAAGUAUCCUGUCGGUCCCUGGCUGCUCGCCCUCUUUGUAUUUGUUGUGUGUGGAUCAGCCAUAUUUCAGAUCAUCCAGAGCAUCCGUAUGGGGAUGUGAUGAAGGAGAAGACUCUGGACCCCUGCCCUCUACCCCCCAACCCUCCUCAUGCCCUCAUAGAGCCUGGCUAACCCUCACCUGUGCACCCUCCAGAGGUCCAGAGAUGAAUGCCACUCCUUGGAGAGAGAGAGAGGGAGAGAAGCAUCCCCCUGAAGCUGACCCUAAAGACACCACCCUGCCCCUGAUCAGCGUUUACAGUAUUGCAGUCUGUGGUACUGACAGCUUUUCUAUGGACAGUCUGAGACCACGCCGGCUGGAGAUCGUGAUUCAUUUUGUGUGUGUGUGUGAGAGAGAGGUGGUGUGUGACUGUGCGACCAGUGAUUCCUGCUAACAAUGUGCCAUACUUGUGUAAUUCACUGUCAGUCUAUGAAGAAUGUUUUUUCAAAUAAACGU